AUAAACACCAUAAUUAGACAUUAAAGGCAAACAAGAGAAGAAAAAAAAGACAUCAUAGUUUGUUGUCCCUUUCAACUAUGAUUCCAUUUCCUAUGAUUAUUCAAUAACUUUUCUUAAAACGAGAAAACUUCUCCUGUUUUGAAACUCUUUCUCUUUCCUAAAACAUAUAUUCUUUGUUCUUGUGAGGAAAAGAAGAGGAAGAGUUUCAUAUUUGAUUUGUGUUUUUUGAUUGUUUUGAAGAAGUAGAAGAAAGAUCAAGAAUUGGUUCAAGAUGUUACAGAGAGCAGCAACUAAUGCUUAUUCAUGGUGGGCUGCUAGCCAUAUUAGGACUAAGCAAUCUAAAUGGCUUGAACAAAGCCUUCAAGAUAUGGAAGAGAAGGUGGAAGAUGUGAUUAAGCUCAUUGAAGAAGAUGGAGAUUCAUUUGCAAAAAGAGCAGAAAUGUAUUACAAGAAAAGGCCAGAGCUAAUAAACUUUGUCGAAGAAUCUUAUCGUGCCUAUCGAGCAUUGGCUGAACGAUAUGACAAGUUGUCAAAAGAGUUGCAGAGUGCUAACAACACCAUUGCUACUCUUUUUCCAGAACAAAUUCAACUAGCAAUGGAUGAAGAAGAUGAAUAUGGUAUCCCAAGAAUGCCAAAGAAUUUCCCUCAAACUCCAACAAGUGGUGCAAAUAUUCCAAAAGUUCCUCCAAAGGCACCUGUUAAAGAUUUGAAAGGUCUGCUGAAAACAGGUACAAAGCAAUUUCAAGGCAAGAAACCAUCUAAUAAAGCAAAAGAUUCAAAUAAAGAUGCUCCAAAAUCUGGUUUGACAAAAGAUGAAGCGCUUGAAGAGAUCGAUAAGCUUCAGAGAGAUAUACUGUCUUUGCAAACUAUGAAAGAGUUUGUUAAAAGCUCUUACCAAAGUGGGAUUGCUAAGACUAUGGAAAUCGAAAACCAGAUUGUGGAAAAGCAUCACAAGAUUUGCAGUUUGGAGGAUGAAUUUGGUGAGGCUCGGGUUAUUGAGGAUGAUGAGGCUCGGACUUUAAUGGCUGAAGCUGCACUGAAAUCUUGUCAAGAAACAUUGGCUCAGCUCCAGGAGAAACAAGAACAAUCGACCAAAGAAGCAAGAGAGGAGUUCAAGAAGAUUGAAGAAGCUCGUAAGAAACUGAAAUCUUUCAGGCAAAAGUAUUUGGGUGAUCCAGUCGAUGAAGCAAAACCUGAUGAAAAUGAUGAAUCAGCUGCUUUAGCUGCAGAUGAAUCACAAAGCUCAAGCCAAGAAGCAGUUGGCGAGCAAAUAGAGUCAUUGCAUGGCAAGAUCAACGAGCAAUUUGACGCGAGCUCUAUGUCAUCUCUAACAGUGACACAAUUGGCAGAGAAAAUUGAUGAGCUUGUGAAUAAGGUGGUCAGCCUAGAAACAGCAGUUUCAGCUCAAACUGUUCUAAUUGAAAGAUUAAGAACAGAAGCUGGUGGACUCCACACACAAGUGCAGAUUUUGGAAGAUGAUAAGGCAGCAGCUUUAACAGAGGAUACACACAAUCUGAAUGUUAGAGUAACUGCAAUAGAGGAAAAGUUGAAGGGAAUUCAGGAUCUAAACAAAGAUGUCGAAAAUCAAAACAAUAGCCUUCAGACUCACUUUGCUGAAGCACGUUCUAGUCUUGGCCACUUAUCUUUUAAAUUGACUAGUGUGAAACCAGAUGAAGAGGUUGAUGAGAGCGACUCAUCUCAAGAUGAAGAGGAGGCUGUUGCUGAUAUCAGGUCACAAAAAGAGCCAGAAAAGAAAAAAGAUCAUGUUAGUGCAAGUGAAGUUGAGAAAGAACAAGGUCCUAGUACAGUAGUUAGCGAUAAAGAAGUACAGGAAGAUACUAAAACCACUACUAAACAUGACAAACUUCUGGAGCCAACGCCAGCAGAAAAAGGUAAAGAGGAAGUCUCAGCUCAGUCUGGAAGUCGGGUUAAUGAUGAGACUAAACCACAUGAAGACGAGGAGAAAGACGAUGAUCUUACAUGGCAGCAAAUGCUGUUGAGUGGUUUGGAGGAUAAAGAGAAGAUCCUCUUAACAGAAUAUACAACAAUUCUCAGGAAUUAUAAGGAAUUAAAGAGGAAGCUGAUUGACAUGGAGAAGAAAGAAAGGGACACUGAAUUUGAAGUCACAUUGCAAAUAAGAGAGCUUAAAACUGCUAUUGCAAAGAAGGAUGAAGAGAUAGAAAGUCUGCGUCUGAAGUUGAGCCUUGUGCAAGGAAAUGCUUCUGAAAGUCCAAAGACGAAGGAAGAAAGACAGCAAGAUAACAAUCCUUCUGAUGAUCGAAGCUUGAAACCUGAGGACUCGAGGGAAGACAAGGAUGAACAUGAUGUCAAGAUCAUUUUAAUUGAUCAACGUUCAUCCCUCUCACCAGUAGAAGAAAAACUCCGGAUGGGCAUUGAUGCAUUACUAGACGAAAACUUGGAUUUCUGGCUAAGAUUUAGCUCAGCAUUUCAUCAGAUUCAAAAGUUCAAGACCACAGUCCAAGAUUUGCAGGGCGAAAUAUCAACACUCAGAGACAAGGAGGCGAAAGAGGGCAGCUCUAAAACAGACAUGAAAUCAGAAAUCAGGCCCAUAUAUAAACACCUAAGGGAGAUUCAGAAUGAGCUAACAGUGUGGUUAGAACAAAGCUUGUCCCUAAAAGAUGAACUGAAACGUAGGUUCUCGUCUUUAUGCAGCAUUCAGGAGGAAAUUACAAAAGCAUUAAAGGAGGGAGUUGAAGAAGAAGAAAUCAGAUUCAGUAGCCAUCAAGCUGCAAAAUUCCAAGGUGAAGUUUUGAACAUGAAACAAGAAAACAACAAGGUAAGAGAGGAACUGGAAGCUGGUGUAGAGCAUGUAACUACACUUCAAGUAGAUGUUGAGAAGACAUUGAGAAAACUGGAUCAAGAGUUUGAUGUUGGUGGAAGUCAACCACAAUUGACAAACUCAGCAAGUAGGUCAAGGAUUCCUUUGCGAGCGUUCAUCUUUGGAACCAAAGCAAAGAAGAGCAAGCGUUCGUUUUUUCAUCAUAAUAGGAAAUACCAGGUCCUGAAAGGUGGAGUACCUUUAUAGAUGUAUUUAUCUUGAUCUUGUUUUCUUCUCCCUUUUCUCUUUUUUUGGUUUUUUCCCCUUGUUCUCAUUCUUUUCCAGGUAUUUUUACAUUUAUCUGGACAGACAAGGAAUGUUGGUUAUACAUUUUUUUUCUUUUUUUUUUUUUUUGCUCCAAGUGAGAAGAUUUUGGGGAUUGUAUGUAUUGCCUUGAUGUGUAAGUUAGUGUAAACAGAGAAUUUAUAUAACAGUACCAUUCUUCAUUUGCUGA